CCGCUACUGCGCGCUGUCAUUUAUGGAGAGGGAGGGACUGUGUGUUUGGCGCUCAAAGGCGCUCUGCAUUUGAACAGAGAACUGGAAAACUGGGAGACAAGGAGCCAUCUUUUGAGAGAGGUUGGGAAAAGCUGGAUCAUGAAGAAACCUGUAACACAGAAAGUAGCUAUUGAGUGGAAAGAUAGCAGACGGAUCAAGCAUGCUCGCAGUGGCCGUCCCUCUCGUGUGCCAUCACAGUACCAAGGGCAUUUCAGUUGGGAGAAGUACCUGAAAGAGACAGGAGCAGUCGCUGCUCCUCCUCACUGCUUCAGACAAAGCACGACCCCUCCAGUGAAUGAGUUUAAGGCUGGCAUGAAGCUGGAAGCUCAGGAUCCUAGAAACACUACAUCGACCUGCAUUGCUACAGUGGUGGGCCUGACGGGUUCUCGCCUCCGCCUGCGACUGGAUGGUAGUGACAACAAGAAUGAUUUCUGGCGCUUGGUGGACUCUGCAGAAAUCCAGCCCAUUGGCAAUUGCGAGAAAAACGGAGGCAUGCUGCAGCCGCCACUAGGGUUUCGUCUGAACGCAUCAUCAUGGCCCAUGUUCUUAUUAAAAACACUCAAUGGAGCAGAAAUGGCCCCAGCCCGAAUCUUUCACAAGCAAGAGCCACCUGCCCCAGAGCGGAACUGUUUUGAGGUGGGGAUGAAGCUGGAGGCGGUGGACAGGAAGAAUCCUCACUUCAUCUGUCCCGCCACAGUGGGCGCGCUGCGGGGUGUGGAGGUGCUGGUCACCUUUGACGGCUGGCGGGGCGCUUUUGAUUACUACUGCCGCUACGAUUCCAGAGACAUCUUCCCCGUCAACUGGUGCACGCUCACUGGAGACAACCUGCAGCCGCCAGGCACUAAAGUUGGGUUACCGAAGACGCUAGGUGCACUUGGUGCCCUACCAGAUGGUGGCAUAGAGGGGACAGGCAUGGCUCCUACGCCAGGCCGACCCCCACCCCAAAAGAAACGUAAGCCUGGCCGCAAGAAAACCAAACUAUCCGGGCCCUGGGGUCAGAAAGGAACACUUGGUUCCCAGACAAGUCAGCUUGGAAAGGAACUGGAAUCUAUUAAAAUCCCCAAAAAACGAGGCCCCAAACCAGGAAGCAAGCUAAGCUGGGCCAAAAGGACAGCGUGGCUUGAAGGAGCGAUUGGAGGACCUGGUAGACCUAUCAGCAAACCCAGAGGCAAACUGCCAGCCAGCUGGGCCCAGAAAGUGCAGCAGAACCCAACAGAACCCAUCAAGAUUCCAAAAAAGAGAGGCCCCAAACCUGGCAGCAAGAGAAAGCCCCGAUUGGUACCCAAUCCUAUGCCCACCUCCCCAAGCAGUAGCACUCCAGAGCCCGACACCAGCUCAGUUCCACUGGACCACGCCACCAUUCCCAGCGCCGCCCUACAGGCCCCUACAGUAUGUGUGUACUUGAAUAAGUAUGGAAAAGUAGGUCCCCAUCUGGAUGCACGGCGUAUCCAGUCCCUGCCAGAUCACUUUGGGCCUGGCCGAGCUUCAUCUGUGCUGCAGCAGUGUGUUCAGGCCUGUGUUGACUGUGCACAUAACGAGAGCAUAGUCUUCUCCUGCCUCAAACCAGGUCAUGGAGGAGAGCUCAUAUCAGCCUACUUUGAGCAGCAGCACCACACUCUAACACUGCCGGCAGUGAACAGUGUGACGUAUCUGCUGCGCUUCCUGGAGAAACUCUGUCACAACCUGCACUGCGACCCAUUGUUCGGCAAUCAGCCCGUCCCUCUGGGAGGAGUUCACUAUGACAGCCGGACAUACACUGAGAGGAGAAACUUUGCAGAAAGUCUGAGUUCUGGACCUGGUCGAGGCACUAAGAGAUUCCUUCAGCAUGACGCCUACCAUAGCAAUCCUGUACCGCACAAAAUAGCUAAAAACCACCGUAUCUCCUCAGAAGAACCCUUCCUGAUAGAGAAUGGGGUUGGCGGCUCGGAGGUCUUGGAGAAAACACAUCUGUCUCCCGGACAUGGCUUGUCAGUGCGUCCCCUCUCUCAGAAUAGCAGCUCACCGGGGAAACUACAUCGUCUGGGCUCAACAGGUUCCGACCGCUUUCUGAGCUCGAGAGAAAGCCCGCGACCCAGUGGACAGGACCCCAACCUGUGGACGGUGGAGGACGUCAUGCAGUUCAUCAGAGACAUCGACCCUCAGCUCGGACCACACGCAGACCUCUUCCGCAAACAUGAAAUUGAUGGCAAAGCUCUCCUCCUCCUCCGCAGUGACGUCAUGAUGAAAUACAUGGGGCUGAAGUUGGGUCCCGCUCUUAAACUCACCUUCCACAUUGACAGACUGAAACAGGGUCGUUGACCUUAAUGGCACUUGAUUGGGUUUCUCUCUGAUCCUCAACCCUUUACCCCUUCCAAGCACAUUUCAAGAUGCACUGCAUGCUGGGUUCCUUACGCCCCCCAGUACUGUUGCAGGUGUGGGCAAGCUUUCGAGCUCCGCCCAUCUCUUUUCCCUCCCCUUUGUUCGAUACUCCCUUUCUCCUGGUUUAAAUACAUUCUGUUAUUAAUUAUAGCACUGUCAUGGCCGUUUUUAUGACGGAUAUCCUCACGGUUGUUCUCACGUUACAUUCGCGGUUGUUUUUGUUCCCGUUCCGGAACAUUUCACAUGUUUAGACUUGACUGAAGCAGUGAAGUGGACAGUAUACAGGCCAUUUUUAGGCCUUGAUUUUUAUGAUAUACGUUUAAUUGUAUAUUUUUUUCACCCUACAUCAAUUAGGGUGUUUUGUAUGGGUUUUUUAUACAAGACUGAUUUUCUUCAAUUAACUCCAGAUAAACACUAGAUCCCCCAUCAUGCCAGGGAUCCGUCCGGACUGACACCUCAGAGACCAUUACUGAACCUCCAUACUUUAUACAUAGCAGAUUUAGGAAUUAAGAUGCGGUCACACUAGACUUUUGAGCAUGUCAAAUUACUUCAGAACAAAUAUGGGCAACAUUAAAUGAUGUCACUCUCUAUGUCAUCUGUUUGAAUCAAUUGUAAAUGACAAAUAACAAAACAUUAAAAUUGUUAUAUUAUCUAGUCCACUUUGCGGGAACCCUGCAAGCAGUACAGCUUUGAAGUCUCUAUUCUUUCCAUUGCAUUGAGCCAAAAGGUCAAUCUGUGACAUUUAGAUACGUUAGUUAAAUGUGUUUUUGCUAUACCAAUUGUCAGUUCAAAACAAAGCGCAAGAGUUCUUAAUAUAUACUUGCAUUCACGCGUUCAGAUGCGUAUGAAAGGAAGUCUAGUGUGACUGGACCUUUACUGCUAUUAUACACUCUGCCUGUAUUUUAUAUUGUGUUGAUGUUUACAUUGUCAUUCUUGUUUGUACUUUUUAUACAAUAUGGUAGAGUGCAUAUGUUGACAGCGGUAUUCUCCGUAAGUUCAAAUAAAAAUACGGAGCUUUUCCUCA